GUAUGCGAUAUAGAUACUAGUUAUAAUGGCCAAAGUAUCAGAUCUUGCGCUGCUUCUUGUGGCUGGAAUGGCCAUAUCUCUUUAUAUUCAAGAGACGGGAGCAGUUAAGUUUGAUAUACGGAACCAGUGCGGGUACACAGUCUGGGCGGCGGGAUUACCCGGAGGAGGGCAGCAGCUGACCCAGUGUCAGACAUGGACGGUUAAUUUGGCGGCGGGGACACAGUCGGCAAGAUUCUGGGGUCGAACCGGCUGCUCUUUCGAUGCGAGCGGCAAAGGAACCUGUCAAACCGGUGACUGCCGCGGCCAACUGAGCUGCAGAGUCUCCCUGGUGGACGGCUUCAACAUUCCUCUUUCCAUCAACCCUACCAAUACACAGUGCACCGCCCCUGCAUGCAAAGCCGACGUGAACGCUGUGUGGCCUGCUGAAUUGAAGGUGACUGGCGGAUGCAAGAGUGCCUGCGUUGCCUUUCAAACCGACCAGUAUUGCUGCACUGGCAGCUAUGCUAACAGCUGCCCUGCGACAAACUACUCAAUGAUAUUCAAGCAGCAGUGCCCUCAGGCCUACAGUUAUGCCAAGGACGAUACAGCCACAUUCGCUUGCCCCUCUGGUACUGACUACAGUAUUGUAUUCUGUCCCUAGAUAUAUAUAGGAUUAUGUUUAUGUGUGGAAUAAUAUAUCAAUAAGAGUUGUCAUCGUUGUA